CUGAUUUUAUGAAGAACAAUCGGCUAUCAGUCGGCUUUCUGAAGAGGUUUUAAUGCCUGUGAAUCGCUGUAAACGGUUGGCGCAAAUUUUGCAUCCAGCUAUCUUUUCUCCUGAUUGAUAGAGCCCUUUAAUAGCACCAAAAUGAGUAAUUCUUUAACCAGUUCCGGUCCCAACAACCAAAUUGCAUGUGCUGUUAGUCGCAAACAUUCUCGUACGACUGGUCUCUCCAGCCUAUCCCUCGAUCAACUUAUACGCUACAUCGAUAACGUUUUAUCUGCCAUCAUUAACCAGGGCAUGGGUUGCAAAAUAAUUGACAGUGGAAGACAGCUAAGGGAUUUAGUGCAGCCUGUUGCUUCAGAUUUUUCUAAAUUGUUCGAUGGCAUUUCAAAGGGUGCAAAAAUGUUCUCAGAUCAGAAAUUCUUGAAGUCCCAGCUUUCUACAGAGGCACAUUCAGUGGCGGUUGACGUAUUGAAAGGAUUGGGGAAUGCACAUUGGGUUGCAGUGGGACUUUUGGCGAUAGCUAAUGUUUUAGAAAGAUUCGACAAUAUUUCAGCAAAUGACAGAGAAUGCAUAGACCUUCUUAAAGCUAUGCUUAAGCUGGGUAAAUACUUGAAACAGAUGAAAGAUAUCUAUGCUGAUUUGCACAAAGAGAUUUUAGAAGAGAUGAGUGAAGCUGCUAAAUUAAUAGUUUCUGGUGCCAUUUUGUGUUGCUCCUUUAUCACAUCGAAUAAAUUAUCCAAGUUCCUGUUGACUAAGAAGAUCCGCGAUGAACUUGUCUAUGUUCGGGGAAAAGUAGAUUCUAUGAAAGCCGAUCUGAUGCUUCAGAUGCAAGUUCUGACCGUGACUACACUUACCUUGUAUCAUCGGCAAAAUAAUGUUUCAGGUGGGAACGAGGAGAAUAAUUGCCUUGGAGUUGCAGAGCAAGAUACCUCCGAGCAGUCCAUAAAUCAAGAGAGUGAGAUUGAGGAGAGUUGUGAAUCAGAGCUCGAGGAAUCAGGUUCAGACACUAUUCAUUCUUGGGGACAAGAUAAUUAUUAUGGGGUAAAUGAGCACGAAAAACACCAAAUGCCACUGCGGAGACCUCUCGGGCUGGGUAGAUUCCUUAAAAAAAAGAUUCCAGCCAUAUUUGGACUCAAAAAACCUUCCACUUAUAUAAAACUAAAAAUGUUGGUGAAGGAGAUCAAAGCAUUUCCGACUCCAAUUGAGUUCAAAUACAGCGAAUUGAAGAGGGUGACAAAUGGUUUUGUAAAAAUCCUAGGCCAAGGUGGUUUUGGGAAUGUUUUUCACGGAAUUCUGCCUGAUGGAAGAUCAGUGGCAGUAAAGAUGUUGAGCGAUACAAAUAGUGUUCAUGGCAAAACAGAGUGGAUGAACGAGCUGAGGACUCUAACAAAGCUACAUCAUCGAAACAUCGUAGAGCUCGUGGGAUAUUGCAUUGAAGACAAUCUGAUGUUAGUCUACGUUUAUAUGCCACGAGACCUGUCAAACAUAAUCUUUGAUGAAAUUGAUAUGAUUAUUGACUGGUCAAUAAGAUUCAAGAUUAUAUUGGACAUGUUAAGGGGACUCACAUAUCUUCACGAAGGUGCACAUACGUGUAUAAUACACAGAGACAUUAAACCCAGUAACAUUCUUCUGGACGAAAAUUUCACUGCCAAGAUUUGUGAUUUUGGCCUUGCUAGAAUACUGCAAAUGGAUUUCGCCCAAUAUGCCAACAAGACUAUUUCCACACAUUGCGAGCUGCUUGAAAAGGAUGUAACUGAGACUUCUGACCAUGUAACAACGGAACUUUGUGGAACACUGGGUUACCUUGAUCCCGAGUAUUUCAGAACCCAUCGUGCGACUGUGAAAUCAGACAUUUACAGCUUUGGAGUGACACUGUUAAAUAUAGUAUCUGGCAAAAGAGCAACGGAAUACAUAGAUGACAAUAUGCUUACUCAGCACGCGUGGAGGUUAUGUGAAGAGGAUCGGCUGCAUGAGCUAAUAGACCAUCGGCUACUCAAUUCUGAUGGUUUAGUUAAUUCAAGCAGCAUAACAAGAACAAUUUUUACAGCUCUCUGGUGCAUUCAUGAGGAAUCCAAAAGACGCCCAUCAGCAUCACGAGUGUUAGCAAUGCUUUUAUCGGAAGAAGAGAUUCCAAUUCCCACACGACCACUUGAAUCUAUAUAUAGUCCAGGUGAGAGUUUUCGCACAGAUAUGGUGAGGGAGGAGUUGUGAAUAUUGAAGAGCCAGACACAGAAAAGGUUACCUACAUCCUUCUAAAAAAUUGGAAUACUGUGUUUCAUUUCACUUUGAGAUUAAUUUGUAAUUUGGAAAUUUUAAUAAAUUUAUUGUUCUGUAAUCCAGUCUUGUUGAAGUUAUGGGAGAA